AUGAUCACACGCGCGAAUCGCUAUGUUAGGGUUCUCGCCAGCCCAGAUGUAGAAAGCAUGCGACAAAUCGCGUCUUCGUGGCCCAAGUCCAAGUCUGCUUGUUACGCGCUUUGCAUCAGUAUUCUAUCAGACUGGCGUCCUUCACCCGUGGGGAAAAUUUGGGUAACAUUCGGCUUCUGUGCCUGCCCCGACGAGUAUGUUGAGUCAAAGCUCGUGAUCAUGUAUAAAACCCUUUUCCAGCGAUGCACCUUCGACGAAUUCUGGCACGCCUACGACGAGUCUUCCCUGAUGGAUCUUUUCGACCGACACGGCUUGAAAGAAGAUUGUCUCUGCAUCCCCAAUCUCGAAAUCGUCCUGGAAGGCUCUCCUUUAGUCUUUUACUCGGUGUGGUACCUCAAGCAGUUCGCUGUCGAUGAAACAGAGAGAGUUGUCCCGCAGUUUUCCGUCUUUAUGGACUAUGGCUUCAACAAAUGCCUAUCCCCGUCGCUUGUAAAAGAUCUUAAAGGCAUAUACAAGCGGCUAUUUUUGGAGGCACGCGUAGAUCCAGUCAAGUUGCACGAAGCUUGCGUCGCUGGCAACCUCUUCAAGUUUGCGAGUGGGUUCGUGAAGAUCAACAAAGGUCAGAGGAAGAAAUUCGCGCGGUUAAUGAAGAACCUGUAUCCCCUCUCGACCUAUCAGGUGCGAAGAUGGGACAGAGAUUUACAUGUUGUCGAGCUGGAGUUUAUGCGAGGAUGGGACAUAGAGCUGCGCGUUGUCGAUCCGGGAGUCGUGCGCCGAUGGGGUAAAAUCCUGAGCGUUGUCAUCCUACACACAGCAUACGUUCCUGUCCAUCUCCAUGCGUGUACGGGUAACGGUCCUGAGAUUUCCAUCCAGAAUCCGAGCACAAUUGAAUAG